CAACACUUGCUCAGACGAAAGAGGGAGAGGGAGUUUAAUCCACGCUUUGCGUCUACACCGUGUUUCUUUGGGAAAUCUGCGCCCCCAUGGUUCUGGUUCUGGGGACAGGUGACAUGGCAGGUUGCCCAGGCGACGACUCGGACCUGCCGGAAUGUGACUGCGACGUCAACAGGGUGAAGAAGCUGAGGGAGACCCUGGUUGCCGUGCAGCAGCUGGACAAGAACAUGAGCAGCCUGCGCUCCUGGCUGGCCCACAUCGAGACGGAGCUGUCCAGACCCCUGGUCUACGACACGUGCGACGCCCAGGAGAUCCAGAGGAAGCUCAACCAGCAGCAGGACCUGCAGAGGGACAUAGAGAAGCACAGCACGGGCGUGGCGUCCGUGCUGAACCUGUGCGAGGUGCUGCUCCACGACUGCGACGCCUGCUCCACGGAGACGGAGUGCGACUCCAUCCAGCAGGCCACCAGGGGGCUGGACCGCCGCUGGAGGAACAUCUGUGCCAUGUCCAUGGAGAGGAGGCUCAAGAUUGAGGAGACGUGGAGGUUGUGGCAGAAGUUCCUGGAGGACUUCUCGAGGUUCGAGGAGUGGCUGAAGACCUCGGAGAGGACGGCCGCCCAGCCCAACUCCUCUGGCGUCCUCUACACCAUCGCCAAGGAAGAGCUCAAGAAGUUUGAGGCGUUCCAGAGGCAGGUGCAGGAGUGUCUGACCCAGCUGGAGCUCAUUAACAAGCAGUACCGACGCCUGGCCCGCGAGAACCGCACAGACUCAUCCUGUCGCCUCCGCGAGAUGGUGCACGAUGGGAACCGCCGCUGGGACAACCUGCAGAGGAGGGUGGCCUCCAUCCUGCGCAGGCUCAAGCACUUUAUUGGUCAGAGGGAGGAGUUUGAGACGGCCAGAGACAGCAUCCUGGUGUGGCUGACAGAGAUGGACCUGCAGCUCACCAACAUAGAGCACUUCUCUGAGUGUGACAUCCAGGCCAAGAUCAAGCAGCUCAGGGCCUUCCAGCAGGAGAUCUCCCUGAACACGGGGAAGCUGGAGAUGGUGUUCAGGCAGGGGGAGGCGCUGUUAGGGAAGAGCGAGCCCCUGGAUGCCGCCGUCAUCGAGGAGGAGCUGGAGGAGCUGCAGAGGUACUGCCAGGAGGUGUUCGGACGCGUCGACAGAUACUACAAGAAGCUCACACGCCUCCCACUUGCUGACGACGAGCUGGACUGCUCCGACCGGGAGCUGGACAUGGACGAGGACCUCCAGUGGGUGGACUCGGCCUCUCUGCCCCGCCCCAGCAGUCGCUCCGCCUCCGGCGCGGACGUGGCCCAGAGGGCUUACCCCUCGGGGCGCGACACGCCCGCCAGCGUGGACUCCAUCCCCCUGGAGUGGGACCACGACUACGACCUGAGCCGCGGGCUGGAGAGCGCCGGGGGGCGGGGUCUGGGGUCGGAGAGGGGCCGGGGAGAGGAGCAGGAGGAUGAGUACGUCAGGACGGCCGCUGUGCUGACAGAUAUAGUUAUACCAGAGAGCCCUGAGGCCUAUAUAAAACUGACCGAGAACACACUGAGGUCCUCCUCGGGUGAGCCAGGUCAGCUGGAGGCCCACCUGAGACAGCUGGACCAGGCUCUGGAUGCAGGCCGAUACCACCUCCAGCAGAGAGAGGGCGCUGUAACCAGCUCCAGCCCAGAGCUCGACUCCAACUACAUGGGCUAUAUGCGUCUGAUGGGCGAGUGUCGAGGCAGCAUCGACGCUGUGAAGAGGGCCGAGGGAGAACUGACUGAGGACGCCCCACCCGGGCUCACCAACCCUACCAGCACAGACUCUCAGAGCCCUGGUGUGAUCGAGCGCUGGGAGCUGCUCCAGGCCCAGGCCCUGAGUGGCAGACACUGUCCCCAGGACCUGCAGCAGUGGCAGCAGCUCAUCUCUGACCUGCAGACCCUCCGCGCCUGGCUUGGCCAGACCGAGGCUGAGCAGGGCCAGCUCCGAGGACACAACCUCAGCCCCGACAUCCACACAAUCCAACAGAGGAUCCGCAAGCUCAAGGAGUUGCAGAAGGCCAUGGAUGCCCACAAAUCUGCGGUCCUGUCAAUCAACCUGAGCAGCGCAGAUUUCCUCCAGUCAGGGCCUGACUCAGAGGAGGCCUGGGAGCUGAGGGACGGGCUCAAGGAGAUGAACUCGCGCUGGGAUUGGCUGGGCUCGUCUCUGGAGGAAUGGAGGGAGGAGCUACAGAAGUCCUUGAUGCAGUGUCAGGAGUUCCAUGAACUGAGCCACGGUCUGCUACUAUGGCUGGAGAACAUCGACCGCAGACGGAACGAGGUUGUCCCUAUCCCCCCCAGACUGGACUGGGAAGCCCUACGCGCUCACCACAGAACACUCACGCAAAUCAAACGUGAGCUGUUGGACUCUCAGCAGAAGGUGGCCUCUCUCCAGGAGCUCUCAGCCCAGCUGUUGGUCCACACCCAGGCUAGAAGCCAACUCCAGCCCCAGACUUCAGAGCAGGCCCAGAGGGAGGCCCAGGGUGUGGAGCGCCUGGAGGCCCGCGAGAAGGUGCACGUGAUCGGGAACAGGCUGCGGCUGCUCCUGCGGGAGGUCAGCUCUGACCUGGAGGGUCUGGAGAGGAGACUCGAGACAAUGGGCACCCUACAGAAGUCCCUACCUCUGUCUCCUGUGGACAAAUCAGACACCUCUGGAUCGACCAGCCCCAUUUCUGAGGGGGUCGUCAUCAGCCGCAGGAGAUCGCCCCGGGGCAAAACUAGUCAGGCCCACCCAGGACUCCCCCACAGCGGCCCGCGCCACAGACUGACCAAGUCUCCAGCAGGCGCUGGCUUCGCUUCCUCCCCUUCUGACCUCUCCAGUGACCUCCUCCCCUCCCCCGCCUCAUCCUCCUCUUCCAGAGGUCAACCCUUCUUCUUCAGAGUCCUCAGGGCAGCCUUGCCCCUCCAGCUCCUCCUCUUGCUCUUGAUUGGCCUGGCCUGCCUUGUUCCAAUGACAGAGGAGGACUACAGCUGUCACCAUGCAAACAACUUUGCCCGCUCUUUCCACCCCAUGCUGCGUUACACCAACGGACCUCCGCCCAUAUAAGGACUUGAGCUACGCCUAUUGGGUCAUCUGCCCAUAUAAGGACUUGAGCUACGCAUAUUGGGUCAUCUGCCCAUAUAAGGACUUGAGCUACGCAUAUUGGGUCAUCUACCCAUUAAAGUACUUGAGCUACAUCUAUGCGGAUAUUCAACUAUAUAAAGACUAUUGCUACUCUUAUACGGAUAUCCACCCACAAAAGAGAUUACUAAAAACAUAGAGACAACUGCCCAAUAUAAGGACUAUUUUAAGUCCUUAAUUAACUAUAAGGGCUCCAGUUCCACCUCAAACCUCCGACCCAUUUGAAUGUUCCCUCCCCCUUAUACUAUGGGAAUGUGCCUCCCAAGGCCAAAACAAGACUGUUGUCCUAGAACCACAAACCAUCGAAGAGAAGUAUAUAUAUAUAUAUAUAUAUGGCUCCUAACACAUAUCUUCCAUUUCUAUCAAACUCCUCCAUCAUUACAAAUGGACUGACCUAGGAUCAAACUGUUCACUUUUCUCAACUUUAAUGUGUAUAAAUAUAAUACUUUGGUUUCUGAGGAAAAUUCCAAAGUCCAAAAUGAAAAACAAAGCACUAUUUAUACUGUAUGUUGGGAGCCAAAGUCGACUGUGCUGUGUGUCCGCAGUUCAGUGCUGCUAAUAUUUAUUUGUUUCAAUCAGCGUUUGGUUAGAUGUUUAGUGUCAAUGAACCUAGGAGACCUAACGAUGUCUGAAUAGCAGAGGUUCUUAUAAUCCUCAAGGUCAUUUUAGAGUUAAGAGCUCCUGCUGUAGCACUGGCAUGAGUACUGUUGAAGGUACCGCACUGCAGGUGUCCCUCAAGAUGGCCACGCCCUUAUCCCUGAUAAGCCAAGAAAAGUAAGUCAAAGCUCAUGCUUUGACUUGAAUUCCAGUGUUUCAAUAUAAGGCUAAUUAGGUUUGAGAUGAUUUGUAAAUUGACAUUUGACAACAUGCCUUUGAAUAUGGCAGUUAUUUUUUUACAUUUGAUGUUUGAGCAUGCACUUGCGGUCCAUUGCUUUUAAGGCCAAACAAUCACUGGUGAAGGAAGGAUAUAAAAUGGUGUGCUUUGUAAUAAUAAUGAUCAUCUUUGCUAAAUGGACACAUCUAAAUCACUGGGAUGUAAAAACAAAUUACAUUGAAAAAGCAUUAUUUAUGUAUGUACAGUUUGCUAAUGCUAAAUACUCUCUUUGCAUAAAAUAAAAACAUAAGUAUUAACAUG